GGCUUAAAACAUUACAACCGGGAGAGGGGAAAAGGACUAGCAAACAGUUCUGUGUGAUGUCCGUGUAAUAGCAUACUGGACAGGAACGAGACACGAUGGAAAGUACUCUGUUCGACAUCGGCCGAACAUGGAUAUUUAUCAAUGAGAGUCUGGUAGAUGGACUGCCACUUUGGAACACGAGCGGCAAGAGUAAUAGUCGGAUAUUGCAGCCAGUAUGGGAUUUACGGUUAGGCAGGGAAGAAUUCUUUCGCUCUCCCCUCUUCCCGGUUGUUCUCUCCGUCGCUUUCUACUUCAGUUUUUGCACACCAUUUAUGAUUUUCGACUUAAUCGGGAAAAAAUGGACAUGGAUGCAAAGCUUUAAAUUACAGACAAAUAAAGAGGUUACUAUGUCGCAAAUCUUCGAUACCUUGGGUCUUACAUUUUGGAACCAUGUCCUAUACAUCCUCCCUGCCGCCGUAUCCCAAUGGGUAUGGACACCAGAUACAUAUCUUCCUGAAUUGGCUCCUAGCAUGUUCGACUUCGUUUGGCACCAAGUAGCCAGCUUGUUAGUUUUCGACUUUCAAUACUUCGUUUGGCACUGGAGUCAUCACCGUUUCCGGUUCCUUUACAAACAUAUCCAUGCUGUCCAUCACCGUUACCACAGCCCAUUCUGCUGGGUCACCCAGUACCUGCACCCUUGGGAGCUGAUAACAGUAGGAUUUCUCACCACUACCAACACUUGGUUCUUCAAUUGUCAUCCUUUGACCAUUUGGUCUUAUAUGAUUGUUAGCAUUAUCGUCAGUGUCGAAGCUCACAUCGGCUUUGAUUUCCCUUUCUGUCUUCACAACUGGUUUCCCUUUGGGGUCAUCGGUGGUGCACCCAAACACGACAUGCAUCACCUAAAACCUAUGACCAACUUUCAACCGUUCUUCAACCAUUGGGAUAAAGUGUUUUCUACUUUCUGUCCAGCCAUGAAAGCAGGAGGAGUCAAGCCAAAAGAGCUUUUGGACUACGAACACAAGUACAGGGAAACCAAGAAAACUAUUUAAAACGCCUAAACCAAAGAUGUAUUUAUUAAUGCGUCUGGCUGAGUUAUCUUUCUAAUGUGUGAUGUUUUUAUCAGUAUCAUGGACACCGGGGACAGACCUCCUAUAAGAAGAAAUCAAAAUAUUCAAGGAAAGCAGAAGAGAGUAAGGUUUGGAUUUAAUGAGCAGAAAGACAUUGCUGUGACUGUUGUACAAUAGGCGAAGACACUUGAAAUCCUCAAACGGAAGGAAUGUGGGUAUAAUUCUUACAAAAAUGUAAGUCAGGUGUUAUCCCGUGAUGAGAACAAAGUGCACAAGACCCAUCUUGUAGGAUGAAGAGGAUACAAAAACGAAUACAUUUCGUGUCGUUAUGGCCCAAGACCCCUGGCAAUGGCUGCCCGAGUCUUCAUAUCACCUUGUCAUUCCAUACAUCAUUUUUCGUAAUUUAGAAUUUAAUUUAUCGAUGUGUAGAUUUUUGUUCGAUGUUAAGCAUCAAAUAGUUGUGAAGUCAGUAUUACGGUUCAAAACUUUUCAUGGUAUCAUUUAUUUGUUUUGAUGUUGUUUCAUAUCUUCAUCAUUUUUCUUCAUCAGUUGUUAAUUGUUUUUACCAGUACCAGAAAAUCUAGUUUCUGAUUUGGCGAUACUGUUGUUGUGAUAGUUUAUAUUUAUUUUCCGCAACCAAUAUCUGUGAUUUUUACAAAGUGCUGAUGUUCAUUUUUCCCUCGCUAAUAAUGAUAUUUUAUUUUCUUAGCAUUAAUUUUUAUUUAAUCUGAUUGUCUGCGAUUCUAGAGCCUUCCGUGUCCUCGACUUUUUAUAACUAACUGGCGGUCGGGAGGCAAUAACAGUUUAACCACCCUUCAAAACAAGACUACUGUUGUUGUUUUUCUUUUUCUUUUAAGAUUCAAACUGUUAUAUUCAUUUCAAAACUUGUUUUAUUUUUAAUUACUUCGACAGGCUUUGAAAAAUGUAGGCAUACAUUAGUAUCAGCUAUUUCAUUUUGUCCUCGUUCAUUUUAUGUUCAUUUUAAACACCAAGGGGUUUUCAGAUUAGUUUUAUUUAAGAAGAAUUCUGCUUCCCUUCUUUAACAUAUUAUUUCAAAUGAAUAUUUCAUUCAAGCUUUCAAUGACAGAUGAACUAUUUACGUCAUGUUUUGUUCACGUGAAUGCCAUAUGUAUAGUGAAUUCUAACCUUAUACCAUGCUUACGUGUACAUGGGUAUUGGUUUUACAUGUUUAACAGGUGAUAUCGAGAAACUGUCAUGUUUAAUUUUGUGCUUAUGUUACUUUGUGUUAUUAAAAACAUUUGAAGAUUCGAUAAUAGAGCCACAUUGCCAUAAUGUUUUUAAAGGAUUUUUCCGUCACUCUCAGGUAUUUGUAAAAAUCAAAAUGUGUAAAAUAGUAGCCUAUUCGUGAUCUCAUUUGUGUAAAAUAUUCUUUCUGGUUCCUGAAUGGACUGAUCCCCUUAUUCAAAAAGAUUCUGGAAUGAGCAAGGCCAUUCAUUGGGAAAUAAAUGAUACUGCAUUUCAUUUGAUCAAGACGAAAUUAUAUCCAAUAUCGGAUUUUAUAACAAUACUUUGAUUUUCAAAAAUGAUAUUUCGAUUUGAAGACCCUUGCAACCAGUAACUACCUAAUGUAAAAUUGUACAAUGCAAUUAGGAUAAUUUUUUUUAAUAUAUCUGAUAUAUAUAUAUAUAUAUAUACACGAAUAUUUCUAGAAAAUUUCUCUGAAUACAAUAACGUACAUCCGUUAUGUAGAUACGUAUACAUCAACGGAUAUGUGAUAAUGCAUCGGGAAGCUUUUAAAUCCACAUCUGUCGUUUGUUAAUUAUUUGAUGUGUGCCUUUAUCAUUUACUGUUUAGCAAGGGAAUGUUGUCAAAUAAGUUCCUGGUAGCUCCUGUACGACAUAAGCGUGCAAAGCUUGGUGAGGAUUUGUGUAGUUAUUUCCAAUGACUCAGCCGUUUAGUAGAUAACUUUUCAGUUUUUUGUAAUAUGUUCACGGCGGGUAUUAUGGUUGUAGUUUGGUGUUGUCCAUACGUUGACGUAAUUUAUUAGUUUUACAAUUCUCCCCCUGUCACAUAUUUUAUUUUUUUUUCAAGAUUCAACUUUAAAAAAAGAAUGCAUUGGAAGUAAAAAAAUGUAUAUUAUCAGCUCAAACUGACCUAACAAUAUAAGGAUGGUUGCCGCCAUACUCUUGCCUCAGACAAAUUAUAUAGCAGGGAUUUUCAAGAGCUUGUUCAAUUGUACAACUUUUAAGCAUAUCUAUAUAAAGUUUCAAUGAUAUUUGGGCUGUCAUGUAAUCCGGUGCCUCUGUAUAUUUUAAAGAGUCAUCAGGCAAUGACACAGCAUAUUGAUACUGAUUUAUUAACUACAGCGUUUAAGUAAUGAUAUCAAAAGAUAAUUAAAUAAUAGAGAGCGUUUUGAAAUCGAAUCUACUUCUUUCGAUUUACGUUUUUGUUGUCACCUAAAAUUAACGAUAUAAUUUACCCUCAGGAAAAUCCCUAUGAACCAAAAUCGCCGUUUCAUAAAUCUCGAGCCAGUUGCAAUGGCCAUCUGUAGAAACAGAUAAUUGUUUGAUGUUAUGUCUAUCAUAUCAUUGCUCACUAGAUAUUUUUCUACUUUGAUCCAGCAUCGAUGCCACGUGCAAGGAUAAAAAAUGUUAUAUAAAUCAUAUAUUAUCAUGUGUUAUAUAAAUGCGUUACAUAUCAUAUCUUUUUGAGUAGCGUGCGAUCAAAUUAGAUAAUUGCCAUCUGCCAGUGUUUGCCGUACCAGUCCAGAAAAGAAAGAGUGUGACAGAUGAGAAGGAAUGAGACGUUUUUAAUUUUGAAAUUCCGAAAUUUUAGAUAUUGAUAUAAAACAUCCACAUGUACACGUGCACUGCUGUAUAAUCUGGUGCGGGAAACCCAUUCCGUGCAGGUGACGUCACCUAGUAAUGACGCGUCAGCUGACGCCGAUAUGAUGGUGCGUCUAUUACACAGUUGCCACGUGGUAUUAAGACCGUCAAAUACCACAAACACUCUUUCACAAUGACGUCCCAAUGUUGGGCACUGAUGUGAAAUAGUGGUCAUGACGUGUCGUUAUUGUUUGUUAAUGGAAUAACACAUACUUUAUAUCAUGCAAUAGCUCCCGUUGUUUUUGUGAUUUUUGGUGAAAUCGUUUAUGAAUACACCAAUCGAAUAUAUGUCUUCCCCUUUCACAAUGACGUCCCAAUGUUGGGCACUGAUGUGAAAUAGAGGUCAUAACGUGUCGUUAUUGUUUGUUAAUGGAAUAACGCAUAUUUUAUAUCAUGCAAUAGUUCCUGUUGUUUUUGGGAUUUUUGUUAAAAUCGUUUAUGAAUACGCCAAUCAAAUAUAUGUCUUCCCCUUUCACAAUGACGCACCCUUGUUCCAAAACCAAGGGCGCCGACGUGAAGGGAGGAUAUAAUAUAUUACUGGAUUGGUAAGUAUCAGUAAUAGACGUUUGUAAUUGAUAUGUUUUGUUUAUUAGUAUCCUUAUAUAUCUAGUUGAAUAACAGUGGACACGUAAAAUGUUUCCUGAUUACCCCUACUAAGACCAGAUUUUUACCACAUUUAACUUCUAUCCAUCUCGCAUCUACCUGUGAAAAAAACUUCAGGUUAGUCAAAAUGUGCAUAACCCAAUAAGUCGAAGAAACGAUUCAUAGGUUAAUAUUAUGAAGUGAUCAGUUAUUGACAGCAACAAGAUAUAUUCGCUCUAGUGUUAACAUAAGAUUUGUCGCUUGGCAAUGGGUAUUAUGAAGAAAAAAAAUCUAUAUUCGAGCAAUUCCAUAGGAAAAAUUCGAUAUGCUUGUCUUCCGUUUACUCCGGCUAUCACUGAUAACACACGUACUAUGGCCUCGGUAUGUAAACUUAAUGUGUGAAAGAGCCUUGAGUUACAGCACUGCCAGCUGAUAACCAAGCUCUUAAAACAGGCAAAACACGCACGUUCAACUGCUUGUUCUGUGGUUUGGAUAGUCUGCAUAUCCCUUCAAAUCGUAGAUAUCAAUAAGACUAAACAAAUGUAUUAUGCAUGAUACAGAGAUAAGAUACUUGCUUUCACUAGCAUGUUUCACAUUGGACUUAAUUUCCUCAGGUUAUCUGCACAUGCGUAAUUUGUAAUGCACUGUACUUUGGUGUAUGUUCAAUUAUGUAUGUAUAUUAUAGUGUCAUAAAGGAAAUUUAGGCAUAUAAUAUCUUCUCACGAUAAAACGUGUAAGAAAUUCAAAAUCUCCCGGAAUCGUCUAUUGCAAUUCAAUUUGCUAUAAAUCUGUUCCCUUUGUCACUGCAGACCUUCCGUUUUGUGUCCAAACAUAACUUUUUCUAUUUGGGAAAUGAGUUCAUUAAUAUAUCAAUGACGAAUCAAGAUAUUGUUCAGUAAAAUCUGCCAUUAGUAGACUCAUAUUGAGUCUAUUUCAUGAUUUCUGUCGUCUUUGCUGAGCUGAUCAAAUGACUUCUAACAAGAAUGAUGGUCUAAUGGAUGAUCUCAGUUAAUAAAUAUAUAUAUAUAUAGA